CGCAGCACCGAGAGAUUUGCUACCAUUCCGAUGGGAAGAUGAGAUUAGCAGUACAGGCCUAACCAUGAAGAACUGCACAAGAAGGAAACUUAAGUAGUAAAAAUCUAGGAAACAAUAUUCUGUGGUUUGCAGUCUACAAGAAUGAAUUCAUUGCCUGAAACAGUAACAGAAAUAUGGGGUGAUGUAAUUGUAUGGUGGUUUCCAAGGGAUUUCUCACAGUCACGGAUUGGUGACAAAUGCACAGGAAAUGAAAUACACAGGCAACUUUUGCAAAAAGGAAAUUUGCAAUAUUUAAAUAUGACUGUACCAGAGGCAAUGGCUGCUGCAAAGAGCAAAAUAAAGUUUAUCACAGAAUGGAGAAGCUAUGUUUAUCUACUUGACCUUGGAGCAAGUCUUUAUGAACAGAUGAAUGACACAUUGGCAGACUGGUUUAGGAAUCCACCAGCUCGCAAGGGAUCAGAGCUGUUUGUCAUUCUUAUUGCGGAAAAUAGAUCUGUAUUAUUUGUGUUUCAAAAAGACCAGAAUAAGGUGACACUUAUUGACACACAUCAACAUCUGAACCAUGGUGCUGUUAUAGCUCAAGUGGAAACUCCUAAUUUAGAGGCAUUAUGUGCCUGGUAUGCUGUACUGCUAAGAAAAUGCUAUGCAGCACGGCCUGAAUGUUAUGAACUGAGUUUCUUAUAUUUUAAGAGUUAUGAGGCUGGUGAGAUGACAGCAGGCUAGCAGCAAAAAACACUUAAUGCACAUAAAAAUUAUUAGCAUGGAAAU